AUGGCGACCGUAAAAGACUCGAUUCCCCAUAUUAUCAGAACUGCUGAAGAUCCCCGUCAGGAGGGGAUAUGGACAGCCCGAUUGAGCAAGAUUGAACAUGUCAAUUCCAAGAUCCGGUUACUGAGACUCAGCCUGCAAAGAGAUGGACCGCGUCUCCAUCAUCUUCCAGGCCAAUACAUAGACCUGUACAUUCCCAACAUCGACGUCGUCGGCGGCUUCACCAUCACGUCACCGCCUCAAUCAUCUUCUCAGUCCCAAGAUGACCCACACAUAGAACUGGCUGUUCAGUCAUCUCCGUCAAACCCACCCGCGGCAUACCUCUGGCGUCCCGCCCAAGAAAUCCUCAACUCAACGGUGACAUUCCGAGUGGGCGGGAAUUUCGUCUACCCACCUCCGACAUUGAGCCAAGAAGGAUGCCAGAAAUUGGACAGAGUGGUUUUUGUCGCGGGAGGGGUGGGCAUAAAUCCCAUCAUGAGCAUGAUUUCGGCCUUGGAUGUAUUGGGCGCGGACAAAGCGGGUGGAAUGACAAGAACCGUCAGAGUGCUGUAUGCUUCAAGGCGGGAUAAGAAGAAUGAUGAGACCGGCAGCGCGGAGGAGGAGAUUCUGUUUGAGAAGAGACUGAAAGACAUAGCCGAGAAGUGGAAGAACCACGACCGUGUCGACUUCAAAUACACUCUUUUCGUCACCAGCGGAGAGUCUGGCACAGAAAGAACAAAAGAAGACGAAGUCGAAGACGGGAAUAUGGCAACGCGAUACAGGCGGAUCACUCAUGAUGAUCUCUUUGAAGCCCUCGGACCUGAAGGCGGCAGGGAUCACACGGUCGUCUAUGUCUGCGGGUUGCCCGCCAUGACCGACGAAUUCGUGGCGUUGCUGGCAAAAGCCCCCGGGAUGGAGGAAAGGAGAGUUCUUUGUGAGAAAUGGUGGUGA